AUGGGAGGGCCUGGGAGGGUUCUAAGAUCUAAUCAAACUCCAAGGAUUCCUCACUCGAAUGAAGAUGAUGAUAGAUUCAAUUUUGAUAUUAAAGAGUAUGAUAUUAAUCCGGCUGAGCCAUUAAAGAUCGUUUAUACCUCUACAAGUUCGAUAAAAACUGAUGAUGAUGAAGAUAUAAAACGUAGUAGAGAAAUUAUCAGUCAUAUGAAAUUAGAUAUUAGGAAGCCCUUGUUGGUUGCAACCUGCUUGAAAAGGAGUAAGUCCGCGGAUUCACUACUUGAUGAUGAUGAUAAGUAUGAUGGAUAUCAUAAGAAAAUGUUUAAACAGGAAACUAGAAUGAUAAAUGAUGAUAAGGUGGAGUCUGAGCGGGAAGCGGAAAGGUUGCAGUAUGUUAAUGAGACUUUAGAUAUGCCUGGAUGGGAACAAGCACUUGCUCGAGCUACAGUAAUUCAUGAUAUGAGUGAUAUUGAGGAACUAAAUAGGAAAAGGGAGCAGACAAAGCGGACAAUUAAUGAUAUGUUGGGUAAGUUCAAGGCUAUGAAAAGGAGUAUAAGCCUGCAUAUGCGGAACCAUCGCAAUAUGAUGCAUAGUUAUAAUUCAGAGCCCUCUUUACUCUAUGGUAAAGUUGAAAGAAGUCUUGUAUUUGGUUAUACGAGUUCGUCUGACGAGGAAGAAGAAAACAUGAAUAUAGAACAAAUAAGGCAACAUCGAAGAACGUUAAGAGAAAGGAAGAUCGCAGGAUCGAUUAUUAUACAAUUGUCUGAUAAUACACGUUCCUAUGCUCGUUUCGCUGUUGUUGCAGAACCGCUGAAAUCAGCUUAUGUCAUUAAAUUCACAAAAGAAGAGAAAGAACGCUAUAAAAAGACUCUAGAAGAAUCUCCAACUAAUCUGCAAUAUAAUCCUCCACUCCCAGAUCAAACAGCUAGGUACGUCCGUAAAAUUAAGCUUCCUCUCACUCUUGAACCUAAACCUUUAAGGAAUAUAUCUUCCGUGGGCUCAGAUUCAGCAUCUCGAAGUUCCAACUCCACUAUUGAGCAAAUAAGAAAAUUUAGGAUAAAGGAUGCUAGCUCAUAUGAUAAUUCUGUUUUGGACACGAAUGCUCCCUGUUCUCCCGUUACGAAUAAUCAAUCGCCUUCUUUGGAAACUAAUAUACCUGUUAAACGAAAUAUGUCCUCACGGAGUAGUUUUUCAAGUAGUUCAAGAAAACGUUAUGAGGUGGGUAUGGAAGGUUGUGCAACAGAUUUAUUCUUAACAUGA